UUUCAAUUUUUUCCAGCAGAUAAGGAAUUGAAAGUUGCCCUUAUUGUAAUAAAUAUGCCAUUAGGUGGUAUGUUUGACAAGUUCAAGAAAUUGUGCAAUAUUGGUGAGUGACAUGUAAACUUUCUGGUGAUGAAAAGUUCUAUCAAUUUCAGUUUGAACAUUGAAGUAUUUUUAAGAGAGUCAGAGAUAAAUAUUGUGAUCAAUAACAUUACAUAAGAACAUUAAUGAAUGAAAUUUACUUUUAGCCAAGGCCAUUUUAAAUUGUUCAAUUCCAUGAUAGCUUGCUGUCGAAUUGUUCAUCAGACCUCUAAAAUUUUUUGAUCAAGUUUUUCAGUUGUCAUCUUUGGUAAUCUUUUCCAUCCUUAUAACUUGAUGCAUGCUCUCUUGAUGUUUUUAUUUUUUAUUUCUGUAUUUGUUAAAGAACUUAUAUAUUUAAAAAAUUUUCCUACUUAGUUCAAAGCUUUUUUGAUCAAUUAUUUUUUUAUGAUGAGGUAGGCUCAAAAGUAUAUUUAUUGUCAUUCUGCAGCAAGUGUUAAGAGUUACACUGAUGGAGGCAGCAGCCAAGUUUUUAACGUAGUUGGUGAGGAACAAGAAAAGUGAGUUUACAUGUAACUUGUAUGAGCCUAGGAGACAUCUCUGUCAUUCUUCACCAGAGACCUAGAAACCAAAACUUAGAAAAUCAUGAACACUUUGAUUUAAUUCCUAGAGGUUGAUUGUGUACUAAACAAUCAUAAUGGCAUUCAACACACACAAGAAAAUCUCAAAAUCAUGAAUAGUUACUGUUUAUGUUUAUUUGUUCUCACACUCAAUUGGCUUUUUCCUUGGAACAGAAUGACAUUCCUAAGGGUUAUGGUGUUCACCAGGCUUUCAAGGUGUCACAGUAAGCUAAUACUAAAUUUGUGCUGCCCUCUGUUAUGUGAUUUACACUAGAUAUCUGCCAGACUAUAUCAGUGGUGAUUUUGACUCAGUUGAUCCUGACAUUUUGAACUUUUACAAGGGAAAGGUAGGAUGUGAAUCUGCAGUGAACCUUUCUUGUGCUCUUUAUUAACUAGGUGAGUUUUAUCCUGGCUUAUGGCCAUGGGCAGACAAAAUUAAAUGUAAAAUCUGCUGAUCACUUUUCAUUAGCACUCCACUCUUACAUUUUUUGCAGGGCGUGGAGAUAAUCCCUACCCCAGACCAGAAUGAAACAGACUUAACAAAGUGUCUUAGAAUUUUAAUAAGCAACAAAAGCAUCAGUGAGGUACAAUGUAAACUAUUUAAUUUGUUUACUUUUGACAUAAAACAGGUUUCUGAACCUAAUAAACUUUCCUGUUUUAGCAUCUAGUAAAACCAGCCAACAACCAUUUAGUGAAUUCUUAAAGAGAGGUUUUUUCUACUUGCUGGCUCCUUUCAGCAGCUUCAGCCCCUGCCCACCCCACCCUGAGGAUUUUUUCACACUGUCUAAUAUAUUGGAAUGUGUUUUUUUUUAGUUUGAUCAGAUUGUUGUUAUGAAUGCAUUUGGUGGACGUCUUGACCACACCAUGGCUAACAUAGAAACCAUGUUUCACAUCACAAAGCUGACAAACAAACCCCUUUAUUUGAUGUCCGAGGACUCAGUUGCUUGUCUUCUCAUGCCGGUAAAUACGGGUACCUCGGAUUUUAACUUAAUUUUCUGCCCCCUUCCCUCUCCCCCCUUCCCCCUUUCCCCCUUUCCCCCGCCUCCCUUACUGUAGUGAUUGAGUAGCUGUACUUCUUUUCUGGGACCUUGUCUUCCAAAUGAUUUAAAUCAAAGGAGUGGCUAAGGCACGCCCUAGGAGAGACAUAAAUCCUUCUUUACCUUUCGAUGAUGCCCACCUUUAUUAGCGCUACGACACGAGCGUUUCUUCGACCAUCCCUGUUUACCCCGUCUUCAUUGGCCUUCAGUAAGAGCCCGAAACAAUAAGUAUUUUUAAAACACAACCACAAAGCUCUUCACGAGAGGGCACAUGACUCUAUCGAUGAUCUCGUUGCUGUCCCAGUAGCAUGCGACACGAUUGUUUCUUAGCCUGCGGAAAAGUGUGAGUCCUUAGACACGAUUGUUUCUCAGCCUCCAGAAAAGUGUGAGUCCACUGAUAAUGAGGACCAGUUCGAAAACUAACCUUGAUAUCUUGAGUGCCAGACCCCCGGCAGACCUCUCUCCAACUCGUCUCAAAUCUUUCCGCGGGCGGAGGGACACGCGUCCCGUAGGGCUGAUAAUGAGGGCCUGUUCGCAAGGUAUUUAAAACCUGACCGCAUACUUCUGGACAUUUAGUAGAAAACUGCAAAAUCCUGUAUCCACCCCUGCCCAUGCCUUUCUUUCGCGUAAUCUUGAAGUUACUUGUGAUGAGUAUUGGCAGCGUUUAAUGAUCUCCCUUUCCAUGUAAGGGAAAUCAUGUCAUCCACGCGAACACUGGUUUAGAAGGAGACUGGUGCGGGGUUAUACCGAUAGGCGCCAAGUGUACACACAUUACUACAACUGGCCUGAAAUGGAACUUAAGUAAGUCAACUUCACUUUUUUUAUGGCUAGUAUAUUCGUUAAAAAAUUUUAUAAAGUUAGAGGGCUAAAAACAGAUUCUCUGUAACCCUUACUAUUAAAGUUGCACAACUCUCAGGAAAUUGACGUUUCCUCGCUAAAAUAAACACCACUUAUUUGUAACGACUUCAGGUGUUGGAUCAUUGUUGCACAAUUUUGUUGCUCCGCAGUCAGAGAAUAACUGUAGUCUCGAGGGAUGUUUCGGGAACUAUUAGAUGGAGUUUAACUGCAGUCCCGCGACGCUCCAGUAUUGCGGUUGGCGACUACUGUGGUAUCACUAGAAUGUUGGCCCUUCCGAUGUUUAGUCGUAUUUCCCUUUUUCCCUUAUGUUUAUUCAAGUUUUCUUUCUUUGAUUUUCUCACAGUCAAGUUUUUCAUUGAAUUUUUAUCACAGGUGAUGGUCAGUUAGAGUUUGGAACCUUGGUCAGUACAUCAAACACAUAUGACGGAGGUGGAGUUGUUACCAUAGAAACCGACACCACUGUUUUGUGGACCAUGGGAGUUAAAUAA